AUGUCACCUCAUGGGGCGUCUAGUCUCUUGGCCCUCUCUGUGAAGGCUGCGUGUCAUUUCGCUAUCUCCUCUAGCCUCGUGAUCCCACAACUAGCACAGGCGGAUCUGGAGCUUUGCAUCAUAUUCAGUGGUCGAUUGACAGCGCUUAAUGAGAUCCUAGGUGGCUUUAAUAUCAAUUACACUACCGCAUCACAUCCUGAAGAUCACGGCCAUAUUACGGGUCGAUAG